GUAUUUUCAUGAUUUAUGAAAAGCGCUUUUACAUUAAGUUGCCAUAUUCUACUUAUCAGUCUAAUUAUUAUGAUUCAGAAUCAAAUAAACUAUAUUUACUAUUAGUUAUUUUAAUCAAGGGACAUGUGAUCUCAGAGGAACUGGCAGAAUUAGUUUAAUUAUGUUAUAGAGUUACACCCAUAGAAGCAUGAAAUUGUCCCGCUACGGGGUUGAAUUUAAAGCAGCCCAAGUAACAAAGAAAUUCGUAAUAAUGUUUGGGAUUUCAUGCACAAAGUGGCGAAACAUAUUUUCUUGGAGGUUCAAAGAGUCCUUCAAUCGAUAAAGUGUUCAAAAUAAAAAAAAGAAUUGUGAUAUAUUUUUAAGUACCCUGAGACCCCAAAAUGUACCGAAUUCAGAAAAUCACCCAACUGGGUCGACGUGCCGCGGAUGCCGCGGAUCGUAUCAGUAUUACUCUUCAUGACGUAACGCGGACAUCCGUGCAUAGGCGGAAGUACUUCAGUAUUGCGGUCGCCAUUUUCAAAACGGCUAAGCUUUAUUGCACACUGGAAUUGUCCACUAAAGAAGUUUAAAUAAAGAGCUGGAACUUUGAAUGAAAGAUCAGUCAUCACGAUGAUGGAGCUCCCUGACUUCAGCAAGCAGCUGUUGCAGCAGCUGUGGACGCUGAGGAAGGAGGGUCUGUUCUGUGACUGCACCAUCCUGGUGGGAGACAGUUCUCACCGGGCUCACAAGGUCGUACUGGCUGCCUCUAGCAUGCUCUUCAGGUCCCUUCUGGACAACUCGGACACCAUCUCCAUCGACACCUCCGUGGUUUCCUCCAAGGAGUUUGGGGUGCUGUUGGAAAUGGUCUACACUGGCAGGUUGCCUCUGGGGAAGCACAACGCGAGCCGCAUUGUUGCGGCCGCAGACAGCCUGCAAAUGUUCGACGUAGCCGUGGGCUUUAAGAAGGUCCUCACCACUCUGGUGGGUCAGAAAGUCCCAGUUCCACAGACGAGCGGCCAAGAGGAGACCAGGAGCACCAGGAGCGAGAGCACCCAAUGCUCAGCAUCACCCAACGAGGACAAGUCGGCCUCUGAGAAGAUGGAGACGACAGCUGAGGACAAAUGUUGCCAUGACAACAAAGAGGAUGAAGAGGAAGGAACUGGUAGAAAAGCCUGUGACGAGGUCUUGGACACCUCAGAACCUGAAGAGGCCACCCCCUCUGGAAGCGCAGCAGCAGCAGCAGCAGAAAGCAGCCCGUCGGCCACAGAGGUGCCAGAGGGACCGGCUGCUCUGCUGCUUCAACAUUCCUCUCAGGUGGUGGAGCUCCUCAGCAACAUGCCGUCUGUUCUGGAGCUGCUGAGCCAGGCAGCACAGAGCAGCCUGGACGAACAGAACAGACAGGUGGUGAGUCAGUGCUACGAGGACAGGGAUCCAGCCUCUGUUUUGGAGAAGUUGAUCGGCAGACUGAGGGAUGGAGGAAUCAGCGAGGGCUCCUUCCUCCAGCUGCUCUGCGGCGUCCAGAAGAAAGCGCUGCUGGCGUUCCCUGAACCGCUGCGGUCUCUGCUGGACCAUCCGGAUGAGGACACACUGCAAGCUGCAGCUGACUCAGAGGAGCCAGACGACUCCACGAAGGAGCCAAACCCGGAGGAGAAGGCAGACAUGGAGACCACCGAGGACCAGAGCGGCGAGGAUGAGGCGGAGGCCGACGCUGCAGCAGACUCCUCUUUCCUGCCCUCUUCCGACUCCAACCGCUACCCCUGUCGGUGGUGCAAGAAGACUUUUAACUUUAAGUGCCGGAUGCUAGCCCACGUGAAGCGCUGCUCCAUGUCACAGGAGUGUAGGGUCCAGUGUCCGCAGUGCCCCAAGAAGCUGCCGAAUCAGCGGGCUCUGCAGCGCCACCGUGGGGAGGUUCACCGCAACACGCCGCGCUUCAAGAAAAGGGUGGCAUGCGAUAUCUGCGGACGCAGCUUUGCCCACCCAUCAGGUUUGGUUUACCACAAACAGGCGGAGCACCUUGAAGUGAAGCCGUUUACCUGCGAGGAAUGUGGCGCAGUGUUUGGAGCCAACUCUUCUCUGAAGAACCACAUGAGGCUGCACACGGGAGAGAAACCCUACCACUGUCAGCACUGCGACAUGAGCUUCAGCGUAGCCGCUGCUCUGGCUUACCACACCAAGAAGAAACACUCUGAGGGAAAGAUGUAUGUGUGUCAGUACUGUAAGUCUGUGUUCGCCCAGUCCAUUGAGCUCACACGUCAUGUACGGACACACACUGGUGACCGGCCUUAUGUGUGUCGAGAAUGUGGGAAGGGCUACAGCCAGGCCAGCGGGCUCACUGUCCACCUGCAGACCUUCCACAACCUGUCAGAACCUCAUGACUGUAAGAAGUGCUGCCUCAGCUUCUCCACCCUGGAGGAGCAUCAGCAGCACAUUCAGGAGUUUCACCCUAAGGAGUUCCACAAGUGCAACACUUGCAGCAAGGUGUUCCAGAGCGCCGCCCUGCUGGAGAAACACAAUGUGACUCACUCUGGAAGCAAGCCGUUCAGCUGCCAGCUCUGCAACAAAUCCUACCAGCAACUGUCUGGGCUGUGGUACCACAACAGAACCAACCAUCCUGACGUGUUUGCCAGCCACACCCGGCAGCUCAAGACCCUGGUCCAGUGUGAGCUCUGCUUCAAGUUCUUCCCUGACGCUGCCACAUUGUCCACGCACCAGGCCACGGAGCACCAGGGCUCGGAGCCGACGCCUGCCUCCUGCCUGUACUGUAAGGCCGAUCUGGGCAGCGGGGACCAGGCGCAGCAGCACGUCUGCAGCCACCCGCCCAGCAGCUGCCCCCUCUGCUCGCUGAUCUGCGUCUCCCAGCUGGAGCUGCAGGAGCACCUGCUGUCCUGUCACAUGGAGCUGGAGGCGGGGGCGGAGGGCCACGGCUCCACCACCUACACGGUGAUUUCAUCAGGAGACAAGCAGGAAGGGGAGGAGUCCAACAUGUUGUCUGAGGAGCAAAGCACCCUGGGAAAUGGCCAACAUGUGCUUGUAGCGGUCAGCGGUGGAGUAGAGGGCGGGUCGGCAGGUGAGGUGGUGGAGGUGAACAUCAACGAGCUGCUGAGCAGCUCCAUGGCAUUCAUAUGCCAGGACAAGAAGUUGCCUCAAAACACCUAGAAGAGGACCCCAGGGUCCAGCUGGAGGUGUGGGUUGGACUGGAGCUACUUUGCAUGUUUCAUAUAACUCAGUGUCUGACUGUUUCAGAACUCUGGGGCCAGUUCUGAUACUAAGAAGCAAAGUUUUUACUUUAAAGAGGACUCACAACUGUAGUUAGAAUUCAAUAUAUUUGCAGAACUGUGUGUGUGUGUGUGUGUGUGUGUGUGUGUGUGUGUGUGUGUGUGUGUGUGUGUGUGUAUUCAGUGGGAGAACCCAUGAUUCGAUCAUUUGUUUAGGUUUACCUCCUUACAAGAAUCAAAAAAUUUUUGGGUUCAGUAUAAGAGGAAGAGGUCAAAUCCUCCAACAAGAAAAUAAACAACAGUUUUUAACCAUUACGAUCUGGGGAUGUUUCUUUGCAAAUGGUACAGUAAGAUUUCACCACAUUAAAGAAACAUUUAGCAGAACCAGGUGCUGUUGAAUCUUGGAUGCUCACACACUGCCUGACGCAAAACGAAGUGUCACCACCUGAAUUUAACUGAUCAAGUAGGUCUGAGCCUCCUAUUGGACAAUAUCUGCAUGGAGAACAGCCUUCCAGCUUCAACACGUUAUUCAACCCCAGCUGAUGCAACGGGUAGCUCCUGGCAGAAUGUACGUUCGUCUCUUUACGAAGGGUCGAUCAUUGGCAUCAAGCAGAGGAAUCAUCGAAAGAGAUACAGUAACUCUUACAUUUGGGCUGAGAACUGAUCACUGCGUUAUUAAAAACUGGAAGAGACCCAUCGUCUUUGAAGAGGCAAUACCACCUGAAUGACCGAGAUCAACUAUUAGUGAUCAUUUAAACAUUUGGUGACAUCAAAUCGAGGAAAACAAAAGUAGAACUCAUAGCUUUGUUUAAAAGUGAACGUGUGUUAAGGGAACUCAAGGGACUGGGACUUAACAGCUGUUGAACCAGAAGAAAACAGCUGAUCAGUGAAGCUAACGGGAGAAAAAAGUUGGACUGUAGAGCGACAGAAGAUCAUGUGAUCCGAUGAGUUUACCCUCUUCCAGAGUGAUGGUGGGUGCUUCAGGGUAAGAAGAGAGGCAGGUGAGGUGAUGCUCCCAUCAUGCCUUGCGUUUACUGUAGCAGGCCAUGGAGGCAGUGCUAUAACCUGGGGUUCAGCAACAUUAUGAGGUCAGCUGGAUGUACUGAAUGACUAGGUUAGCUAGGUCAUUGUUGGAUUGUUUCUUCCCCGAUGACGCCUGAUGUUCCAAGACGACGGCGCCAGCAGGCGUCAUCGGGAUGAGAUCGCGAUAGAGAUUCAUCGGUCAGACUCCAUCAUCAUCAUCAAUGCAAGAUCUUGGUAAAAAAAACUAACGCUUAAAUAAAUCUUGCAUGCAACAUUACAGAAGUUUCCCGAAACAAUGCCACAGCAAAUAUGUGCUUUAAAACAAUCUAAAACUGCCCAACCAAAUAUUAGUCAGUUUUUUUGGCCAAGCGGUGUAUGAUUGAAAUGACUGAAGGUCCUACAAACACUUUACUGUUGUAUCAAUGUGGCCUGUCUGCUCAGACGCUUGAUCUAAUUAAAUCAAUCCCACUGUAAGGAUUGUCAGUUAAAAUAAAAAAACUGUUUUUUAAAAUUGUGGAGGUGAUCAGAUCUUUUUUUUUUUUUCUGUGGUUUUAUUGAUACCGUAAGAAAGGUCCUCUUCUGUUGCCCGGAAACAUUAAAGAGACAUGAACAACCA